AUGGCUGCUGUUUGCCAUUGGCCUCUCUAUCAGUUGGAUAUUAAGAAUGCUUUUCUUCACGGUAAUUUUGAGUAUGAGCUUUAUGUUGAACUUGCAUUUUUCAUGAUAUUGGUACAGGUUGCAAUGUGUAACUUUCCAACAAUUAAAGAUGCUGCAGACGUUGCUAUAGCCACUAUGCAUUCUGGUAUACAGGUGUCAAGAGUGGAGCUCUUGGAUGAAGUUCAAGUGAGAGCAAUCAAUCUCGCAAAUGACAAAAAAUUUCCGGAGGUUCCAACUUUGAUGUUUGAAUUUGUAGGCACAGAGGCGUAUUCGCGUGAGCAAACGCAGAUUGUUCAGAAGAUAGCUUCUCAGCACAAUGGCUCUGAUUUUGUUUUCGCUGAAAAACCUGACGAGAAAAAGGAACUCUGGAAGAUAAGAAAGGAAGCACUUUGGGCUUGCUUUGCAAUGGAACCUAAUUCUGAGGCGAUGAUAACGGAUGUCUGUGUACCCUUGUCACACCUUGCUGAAUUAAUAUCAAGAUCAAAACAGGAAUUGGAUGCUUCUCCUUUAAUAUGCACUGUUAUUGCUCAUGCCGGUGAUGGAAAUUUCCAUACAAUAGUUCUAUUUGAUCCUACCAAAAAGGAACAACGACGAGAAGCUGAGAGGCUAAACCACUUCAUGGUCCAUACCGCUUUAUCAAUGGAAGGCACCUGUACUGGAGAACAUGGUGUCGGUACUGGGAAAAUGAAGUAUCUUGAAAAGGAACUUGGGAUCGAGAACUUGAGGACGAUGAAAAAGAUAAAGGGUGCUUUAGAUCCAAACAAUAUCAUGAAUCCCGGGAAGCUUAUUCCCCCUCAUGUUUGCUUCUAAGAUAGCAGUGUGAAAUGAUCUACUUAUAUAUUUUUUCCUUCUUUUCCCUGAAUAUGUGUUGUAACAAUGUAUCCUAUUUCAGCUCGAGUCUCCUCUGUACUAGCAUAGACGUUGCUACUGCAGGAUGCUAACAAUAUAUGCAGAUUAAAUAAGUUUUGUAAGCAGUUGAAUUACACAGGAAACAUUGCAGCAGUUCAUUUGAUUAUGUUCA